CACCGAAAAGCGAGCCACCGAGCACCGCACGCGAUGACGACCCCGCUGCCGUGGACCGUCCAGGGCGUUGCGUCCGCGCAAAUCCCGACGUUCCUCACCCGCACGUUCAACAUGGUGAACGACGCGAAGACGAACGCGAUCAUCUCCUGGGACAAGACCGGGAAGUCGUUCGUCGUCCACGACGUGAACGCGCUGUGCCAGCGCCUCCCCAAGAUCGCCGGGCUCUUCACGCCGUCGUUCGGGUCGUUCGUGAACGAGCUCUCGAUCUACGGCUUCGCCGGCGCGAUCGCGGAGGACGGGUCGUACGUGUUCAGCAACGACGCGUUCCAGAGAGGGAAGCCGGAGAUGUUGAGGACGAUUCGGAGGAAGGAGAACUUCGGGCGGUAUCGGCGCGGGUCGACGCGCGCGUCCGCGGCGUCGCUGUCGAUGGCGCAGUGAUCCGACCUGGGGGGGUUGGACGGAUCGACGGUCGACGAUCAAAUAAUAUCUUUUGGAUUUUGUCAGAGAGCCGCGCGCCGGCGAUCCGAAGGACGAGCGCGCGCGUCGGGAGACGUGUUGUUUUUGGAGAGCUCUAGGAUAAGUUGUUAAUAGAUGAGUAGUCGUGAAUUGAUUGUCAAAGGAAGGAUGCAUAGUGA